CGUGAAGCAAGCAUGUUGCGUCGCCUGGAGCACCCUUGCAUUGUGAAGCUGAUCAGCGCCUUUAUUGAGGAGAAGAUCGAGCUUCGCACGAUGGUCAUGAAGGGAUACCUGAAGAUGCCUUUCCUUGUCGGAGGAACGCUUUGUAGGUGGAUGCAGGAUGUGGACCCGAGCGAGCAGCAGAAGCACAGGGUGCUCAUGCAGGUGCUGCAGGGGCUCGAGCACCUGCGUCAGAAUCGGAUCAUCCACUGCGACAUCAAGCCCGCAAACAUCUUGAUGACUUCCAAGGACGAGCAUGCAGAGCCGCAGAUUGCAGACUUCGACGUGUCCAAGGAGCAGGAGGACCGGGCGAGGGAGUUGGCAGCUACAGUGACCACUGCUCUUGCCGUGGGCACGCUGAACUACAUGGCUCCGGAGCUCACCAACCCUUCCACAGGCAAGAUGAAAGUCUCGCACAAAUCAGACAUGUACUCGUUUGGCUUGGUGAUGCUUGAGGUCUUGACAGAAGCUCCGAUAAGACCGACUCAUCGUGACGACGUCAUGGCUUUGCUUGCUGGGCUUCAAGGCGAGGCGAAGGAUCUUGUUGCUAGACUUCUCGAUCCUGUUCCGAGCAAGAGACUUUCAUCAGCCGAAGCUCUCACACAU